AUGACCGCUGCCACUUGCAGUUCAAGGGAAGAACAUGAUUUGAAUUUGAACGAAAGGGAUCAGAAUCCUCUUUUGGACGAGAAGGAAGAUGUACAUAAUGAGGAAGGGAACGUUGAGAUGGUGAUCCACCAGGUGCUGUCCUUACAGAUCAGCUCUCUCAAAUGUCUCCAAGCCCUACUGGAUAACGAUGACCUGACUCAAUCACUCUUGCAGUCAAUGUGCAGUCUCAUUGCAAAUGGUCAAGAGUAUUAUGAAGACAGCAAGGAGUCCAACGAUGAAUUGAAAAAAAAUUGUACUGGUGGUAUUGAGGAAUGUUUCCAGGGUUCAAACAAAAAAACUCUAACAUCGGCUAAGUCUAUGGAGUUGUUACUCGAUGAUGAAUCAACCAAACAACGCCUGGUCAGUUCUGAGAGUUCCAGUGAGAUAUAUGACCUAGGCCCUGGUAACGAGUUCACUUAUUAUGUUCAUGCAAAGAGGCGGUCACAUCCUCACGACCACCAACAUGUGAAACAGUCGAAACACGGCUUUUUGCCUCCGCAGCAAAAUUCUUCUGAAGACUAUCAGCCACCACAAUAUUAUCCUAAACUAAAUCAAAACAUUUUUGAUGAUGACAUUCCAUUAGUUAACAGCAACUUGAAUCGUACAACCACGUUGAUUGAAGCUUUGCAGUUUGUUUACAAAAAUAUUGUAAAGUUAUCUCUGGAUCCCCUUCUCUACGGAGAUCAAGUGAGCGUAUCUGAUCUCGAACGUGUCAUGAUUAUGACAUACAUGCAUGCCUCCAGAGGUUACAUCAAGGAGCAACCACCGCAGAAUAGCUUGGACUUACUGCAGCGUGUGUUCGCUAGGUUGAGGUCAUUUAAUAAUGAAAGUGGGGAGCAUUCAUCGGAGCAGCAAGAACCAGGAGGCCAGGUUCCUCAUCUCCCAGUCGCUCUGUCUAAAACCACUUUGUCAGAUCUUGCAACCAGUUCUGUAGAAGAUCGAUAUAAUACUGUUGAAAUAAAUGAAAAUCGUGUGUGCAAAAGUAGAGGCAGAGGUAGGAUUAUGAGGUCAUUCUUGGAAAAUUCAAGAGAAGCAAGUAGGACUCGUGCUGUGAGGAAUGACUCUUCACAUGAUUCAGCGAAAGUUAUGGUUGAUGGCAGCUUGAGAAGUGCUGACGAUGAGAAUCGUGUCUCCGUAGGAAGAGGCAGAAGGAGACAAAUCAUGAGGGAGGCCGUGUGUUAUGCUCCACCAAUCAUGCUGAGAUCUGUUAAAAUUCGUUAUGAUGCUAACCAGAAAAGAACCUCUCCGCCAUCAUUUCCUUUGUUUCCAGAUCCACCAGCACCAUCUUCCUCGUAUCGAUCUCAAGACCUGCCUUCCUCCAUUGCUCAGCACUUGCCAAGUUUGUAUGAUAUGGGUUUCAACCAAACACAGAUCAAGCAGGCAAUCCAUGUUCUUGGAAUAACGGGAGAAAACAUUGAAAGUAACAUUGGAAACAUGGCAGUGUGGAUGUUGGACAAUCCCCUCCCUCCCAUGGCACCAUUUCAUCGAUCCGCCAACCAUCAGUGGACCAAUGCUCCACCGAAUGACAAUCCCGAUGAAAUAGAAGACAACGAAAACAUUCCCAGCCAAUCAUUAAGAGCUUCAGAUUUAGCAAAUUUUGAUGGUGGCUCAGUGUCCGAGAAAAGAUUGAGGCAAGAUGCUUUGGCAAAGUUUUUUGGCAGCAGGUUUCAAGAUGCUCCUACUUCCGUAGUUCAUUCGUCUAAUGUCGCGAGUAGACAAUUGCGUCUGUUCUACGUAAUCUUAUUGAAAUAUUUUCCAGUGAGCAGGGCAAGUCGAAUACCGAGUAUGAACAGCCAUGGUGAGGAGCGCGUGAGAUGCCAGAAGACAAUUGAUGGCGAGGUUGAUGAGGGUUUGUUAUCAGUGCGCAGACAACUUCAGGAGCACCUUGUCAGUAAGGUGCAUAAACGUCGGGCAGUCAGUAGCGUGGAAGUUCAUAGUGGAAGAGCCGCACCUGACGAGGCAGAUGCCAAUUCAAACUCAGAUGACGCCAAAACUACACAUUCGGUUUUCAUAUUUUUUCAUAAUUAUAUUUACAUUUUGACUUUUAAUGUUUUGGCUUGUAAACCGCACAUCGUCGAACAAACAAAAAUCAUUUCGCCACAAUUAAUUAUAGACUACGCCAACAUGGGUGUUGCACUGAUCAACAACAACUUGGAGGCCGUAUCACAAGCCAGUCAGUUCAGAUGCGGUUACACCUCCACUCCUCAACCAUCCUACUGCCUCUGCCUCAAGUGUCAUCGGGAUUAUCUCGAGUGGCGGCGUUUCCUUUACGAUUCUGAAAACGAAGAACAUUUCAACGAAGAUGAUAAAACAAACUUGGGAGAGAAUUUUGCCGAUGUCAAGUUUGCUCCGUUUUUUAUGGUUUUAAUGUUUUGGAACUGGGGUGGGCAAACAUUUUGCUCUGUGGGCCGCAUUGAGAACUAUUUUGCCUUUGAAGGGCCGCAUAUGUACUUCAAUAGCAAAUUUUUUCGACCCGGGGGAGAAUUUUUUUAA